AUGUACCUUCCCCUCCAAAAUAGACUCCUUUCUGUCAUUUUCAGCCCCGAUGGUGCGUUUUCAGCCAAUUUCAGAGGUCGUAAGCUCUUUGGGAACAAGUUUAACCCCCCAGAGGACGUGGCAGCCUAUAUUAUGGCCUGUGAAGAGCACCUACUGGACGAAGAACCAGCCCCAGUUUGUAACGUUAUGCCGGUUAGCAAGAUCAUGAUAUGGAAUACUGAUGCGCCCUGCGAUGCUGAAGAGAAACUCAAUACCUCUCUCUUAUGGAUGAAACUCAACUCAGCCAUGAGCAAAGAUUAA